CGCCGGAAGUACAAAACCCACUACCCCUGGCAGGCAGCCUGGCUCUCCCCUCGCUCUCGCUCGGGUCAUCCAUCUCGUCCAUCCACCUCCUCUUCCUCACUCACUCACACGAACGAGCAGACCAGACCAGCACCAACUCCCUUUCUGCCUUUCUCUUUCACUGCUCACCAUUUCCCGUCGCCCUCCUCCCUCCUUCGCCUCAUCCUCUGCCGCGGCUAGCCUAGCUGCUGCGCGCACCUUUGCAGAAAGAGAGAAAGGAAAGGCACCCCACCCGAACCCAGCCCGACGCCACCACCAAAAACGCACAAAAGCAGAGGGACAUCAGAUCAGGUCGGCCGAUCGAGCGCGCGGCGACGAACCCCUGCCAGUGCUCCCCCCCGGCCAGGCGCUCGCAAAGUGCGGGAGCCGCUGCCUUCUCGAUCUCCCCUCCCCCUUCCUGUCCUCCACCCCUCCCUCUCUUUCUCUCUCCCUUACUCUCUCCAGGGCGUCUAGCCAGGUAACCGAGCUACGUCGCGCGGCCUCCGAGGCUGGGCGAGCUGAGCUUACCUACGUACGCGCGCACGUACACGGCCGCGCCGCCGCCAUCGCCAUGUCAUCAGCCGCUGGCGGGUACGGGGGCGGCGCCGAGCACCAGCACCAGCAUCAGCAGCACCACCAGCACCAGCUGCUGCUUGGCCAGGCCGCCGCGGGGCAGCUCUACCACGUGCCGCAGCAUAGCCGCCGCGAGAAGCUGCGGUUCCCGCCGGACCCGGCGGACUCCUCCUCGCCCACGCCGGGCGCCUGGCCGCCGCCCACGGUGCCCUUCUACUCCUACGCCUCCUCCUCCUCCUCCUACUCGCCGCACAGCCCCACGCUGGCGCACGCCCACAACCAGCUCCUGGUCCACGGGAUGCCGGCAGGAGCCCAGAUCCCGAGCCAGAACUUCGCGCUCUCGCUCUCCUCGUCCUCCUCGAACCCUCCGCCCCAGCAGCGGAGGCACCUCGCCGGUGCCACCGGGCCGUAUGGCCCCUUCACGGGCUACGCAGCCGUGCUCGGCCGCUCCAGGUUCCUGGGCCCCGCGCAGAAGCUGCUGGAGGAGAUCUGCGACGUCGGCGGCCGGCCCUCGCAGCUGGACCGCUGCUCCGACGACGGGUUGCUCGACUUGGAUGCCAUGGACGCCGCCGGCGACGUCGGCCACGAGAUGGACAGCAGCGACCGCGCUGCCGCUGAGGGCGUCACGGUCUCCGGCGCCGAGCAGCAGUGGAGGAAGACUAGGCUCACCCUCAUGGAAGAAGUUUGCAAGCGAUACAGGCAAUACUACCAGCAGCUCCAAGCCGUGAUCUCCUCGUUCGAAACCGUCGCCGGGCUGAGCAACGCCGCCCCCUUCGCCUCCAUCGCUCUCCGGACGAUGUCGAAGCAUUUCAAGUAUCUCAAGAGCACCAUACAGAGCCAGCUGCGCAACACCAGCAAGGUGGCCGCCGGGAAAGACAGCCUUGGCAAGGAAGACAUGGCCAACUUCGGGAUCAUGGGCGGCGGCGCCGCCCUUAUGAGGGGAAGCAACGCCAACACGUUCAGCCAGCCCCACAACAUUUGGCGGCCUCAGAGGGGACUCCCCGAGCGCGCGGUGUCGGUCCUUCGCGCCUGGCUGUUCGAGCACUUCUUGCAUCCGUACCCAACUGAUAGCGACAAGCAAAUGUUGGCUAAGCAGACAGGCUUAACGAGGAAUCAGGUCUCAAACUGGUUCAUCAACGCAAGGGUUAGACUCUGGAAGCCAAUGGUGGAAGAAAUCCACAACCUGGAGAUGCGGCAGGGGCACAAGAGCUCGGCCGCCGACAAGAAUCAGCUCGGCGCGCAGCAGCAAACCCAGCAGCACUCGCCGGACAGCAGCGGGAGGCCCUCCGAUCCUUCAAACUCGCAGCAAGGGCAAAGCAGCAGCAUGUCACAGGGCCGCGGCGCCCACCACCACAACGCCUCUCGGCACAUCCAGAGCGAGCUCUCCCCGAUGACCCACGACAUGGCGGGACAGGUGAGCUUCGCGUACAACGGCGGCGGGAUGGCCGCGCACCACCACGGCAGCAUGGCACUUUCGCACCCCCAGCAUGUGGAAGGCGGCGCUGGGAGCAGCGGCGGCGUCUCCCUCACCCUCGGCCUCCACCAGAACAACCGGGCCUACAUCGCCGAGCCCCUGCCGGCGGCGCUCCCGCUCAACCUCGCGCACCGGUUCGGGCUGGAGGACGUCAGCGACGCCUACGCGAUGGCGGCCUCGUUCGGAGGCCAGGACCGGCACUUCACCAAGGAGAUGGGCGGCCAUCUGCUCCAUGACUUCGUCGGGUGAUCGAUGAACAAACACAUGCAUGGUUGCUCCAUUGCUGGGCUCGUCAGCAUGCAACAACAUGCAGAUGAGAUAUUGUAUGCUGGCUGAUCUGGUCCACGUGUAUUGUACUAGAAGUAGGAUGAUGAAGGAAAACAAGCUGGGUGCAUUGGUACAUAUGCCUCUCGCGUAGGCCCUGGAAUGCUGUCAAUAUUUGACACAGUGGGGCUACAUCGAGAGCAUGCAGUGCAGAGAGAAGCACUACCUUUAAAAGGCUGUUGUAGCACGCAGUUCUUCCCUAUUUGUUCUGAUCCUAGAUUAAGCUGCCUUAUUAACCCUGUAUCCCACCCAUUGAUCGACUUGCAUAUGCGAGUGCUCCCACCGUGGCAAAUAAAGGGUGCUCCAUUUAUGAAUUUA